AUGAUUUUUCUUCCUUUAAUAUUAUGUCUUUGCUUUUUGCCAAAUCCUAUCUAUACUUCGGUACCAUUUAUUCUAAAUCCCGGCUGUGAUUUAGUUGAAUGUCAAGAGCCUAAUAAUCCAGCACUCUAUUAUGCAAAUCAUGUUAUUGGCGACGAUAGAGUUCAUAUGAUUUAUUCAACAUUAGAUGAAUUAACAAUCAGCAUUUUUCAAACAGUCAAAACUUGCGUUCCAAUAUUUAACUAUUCAGCAUUGUUUUUACGUAACUAUGCCGGUGCCAUUCAAUUUCCUGAUACAAAGCCGAGCAAUUCAUUUUCAUUAGUUCUACGACGUUUAAUUCAAUUUGAUGACGAAAAUGAUGAUGGCUUUAUCAAUCCGAAAGAUAAAACAAUAACAUCUUAUUUUUUAAAUAACAUCACAGCGACUAAUGUAACAUUCCGAAACAAUAAUACAAAUCAACCAUCAUUUCAAUUACCAUUACAAUCGUUGAAUGGCUCUUUAACCGUUGAAAUUAUGUAUCCUGGUGAAACAGUGCGUGAAUCGAAAUUUCCAAAAUUACGAACUACACCAAAAAGUUAUUUUCUCAAUAUUGCUUUACAAGCCAACAAAUUUUCAUUACCGAAGACACGUUUUGCUUUUGAAUUUUAUUUAAUUUUGCCUGGUAUUGAUGGUUCAAAAAUAUCCUCAUCGAAAUUUAUCGACGAUCAAUAUACGCCAGGAAUUUUCACUGUUUGGAAAUUGCGAACUCUUAGCUCUUUGUACCCGGGCUCUAUGUUAUGGAAGCCUGUUGUAUAUCAAAGUGCAGAACGAUCGAUCGAACAAAAUACACUAAUGGAAAUAUAUAAAAUAAAAAAUGAUGUUGCACUUGAUUCACACAUUGAUCGCGGUAUAUAUUAUUCGAUUCUUCCUCAUCCGACGGUGUCGGCUUUUAAUAUUUCACUGGGUCAAGCAAACGACGGUUUCUUUACUAAAACAAAUUAUACAUUUAUUCAAUUUGCCGCUGGUCUUGAUGUGCUUCAACCUGAUUCAACAACAAAAUUCGUCUCUGUAGCAUUAAUUGCGAGUCUUGCUUUGCCAGGUAUAGUUGCAAUAAUUGCAGUGAUAUUUAUUGUAAAACGAAGAGUUUCACAACAGGCGGCAAGCUCUUAUGAUGCUAUAGAUAGUUAA